UCUGUGUGUGGUGGGAGUCUGUCACGUGAUGGCCCCUGGAGCAAAGCAUGCCGGGUCAUGUAGUUCCCUGGAGCAGAGUUUGUAGUUCAGCUAAGCGGAAGAGCCCGCCUCGCACGGGGUUUCCUGGGCUGGGCACACGGGGUCUCUUCCUUUCUGUCCGACAUCUUUGAAAGAGCAGCAGCAUGGUGAGAGUCUGGGGACACCGAAUAGCCCCGUGAGGGCACCGGGAGUGGGGAAGGGCCUGCUCUGGGCGCCGGGCGGGAAGCUCAGGCACGUGGGGCUCGAUUUACGGCAUGAGCGGACCUUUAAAUCCCACGUGGAGGGAUUUAAACCGGCAGCGAUCUGGGCCUGGAGUGCCCGAGCUGUAACCCGGACUGAAGGGAUAUUGUAUGGCCGGUAUAGGCCCCCGGCAAUGCUACCCUACAUGGAGUGUCUGGGUGUUUAUAUAGCUCAGAGAUAUGGAUUAUUAUUUAUUAAAAUUAUAUCACCUCUGGCUUUAGACAUUCUAAUCUACACGGUAUUUACACAGUUCAGGUUAUUAUUCAGGAAAGUUUCAAUAAUCACUUUGGGAAAACUUGGCAUUUUAAUCGGCACUAUGUGAUGGUUUAGGCAAUCAGUCCAUGGAGAAUGAGGAAAGAAUAUGGGUACAUUGCUGUAUCUAUAUAAUGUGCGUGUAAAUAAGCUAAACAAAAAUAAAAAAAUUAGUCCUUGUGAAGACUUACUGUACAAAAAGUACUGGCUGUGUGACCUGCCCUUUAAAUUUGAUAGUCACAUAAAAACAAAAUCCUAACUAAACUACUUAACUACGAUUUAUGAAUGUGCUUAUUAACACAAAUGCACAACUGACCUGUAUUGAAGGUUUAGCACUGGAUGGUAUAACGUUACUUGUAAAUAGAAAAUUAUACCCUGUUCAUUUUUUUUUUUUUGUAGAACAUUACAUAUUUGCUAGGAUUGUACAAAAAAAUUUAAAAAAAAAAAUCAGCCAUGCAUUUGCUCUUAGUUCUUGGAAUUCUAUUUAGCGAUAUGCAUCAUUCUAUAUUUUUAGUAUUUUUCAUUAAAUCCCUUCAACCAUUUACAUUUAUUUUGUAUAAAAGCUUGACUUUUAGGCUGAGCCGCAGUGUACAUAAUGCCUAUAUCUCAAUCCAUUUGUUUGAGCUUUUAACCAUCUGCAUGGUUUUGCUUAUUUUUAUUUUAUUUUCCCCUCAGAGGAACUAAGAGGGUUUUUAUUGAUCCUAUUUGAAAUGCUUCAAAAGUAUUCUAAUUUAAUGUUACUGGGAACUUUUAUUGUUUCAUUUCAACAUUUGUCAAGCUUAUUAAUACUGUAUAACUUUAUCCAGCCUCCUAAAGACGACAAGAAGAAGAAGGAUGCGGGCAAGUCCGCCAAGAAGGACAAGGAUCCCGUCAACAAGUCUGGGGGCAAGGCCAAGAAGAAGGUAAGUGUCACCAUGAUUAAAGAGGGAGAUUGCAGCAGGAUUUUUUCUUUUUAAAUCAUCUUAUUUAAAUUGACUUGAUGUCUUCAUAUGGAAUAUUUUACUUACAAAAUGUGGAAAUGUCCUUUCUCAGGAUUCAAUAAAUGUAAUUUUGGAUAUUUGGAUGUUAUUUCUAUAGUGUUGAAUGCAGCACUGCAGUUAAGUUAAAUUAGUAAAAUUGGCGGCUGCUAUUUCUUUAAUCUGGGAUUUUCAUUGUUUACUACUAUUGAGUGUCUCCUUUCUUCGUUUGAGUAGAAGUGGUCCAAGGGAAAAGUGAGGGACAAGCUGAACAAUCUUGUGCUGUUUGACAAGGCUACAUAUGACAAGCUGUGCAAGGAAGUCCCAAACUACAAGCUCAUCACACCUGCCGUGGUGUCUGAGAGGCUGAAGAUCAGGGGUUCUCUCGCCAGGGCUGCCCUGCAGGAGCUGCUUAACAAAGGUAUGUUUGGCAGAGUAAUAUCAAUGGCCGGGUUGCAUACGAUCCGAGAGCACACCUACAAAUUAUUGAACUUUGCAUAAAUGUGGCCGAAAUAAGCCUGUACUUAAUGCCUCAUCGGGCUUUUAACUAGCUGGGUAAAGAUAUUAUGUUCUAAUGUUCUACAAAUAUAUAUUGGCAGAAAAUCUUAACUUUCUUUUGGUAUGGGUCUUUUUAACCCCCUAAGGGCCAAACCUCUGGAAUAAAAGGGAAUCAUGACAUGUCAUGUGUCCUUAAGAGGUUAAACUGGUGUCAGUAAGUUGAGCAAUAUCAGUCUGUUCAUAUGUUUAAACAGAAACUGGAUGAAUACGUGCAAAAGCAUAAUAUUCAUAGAUCUAAUUUAUAAACUGUGAGGUAACAGCUUCUUGAUCCAGUGAGUGACCUGCCAUUCUGGGGAAGGAAUUUUUAUUUUCAUCUUAGUUUGUAGCAAAAUUGGGAGCAAAUCAAACUGGGUUUUGUUUGCCUUCAACAGCAAAAACCUAUGUGAGAGGCUGAACUUGAUGGACAUUUGUCUCUUUCCAGCUAUGUAACAGAUCAUAAUUAGAAAAUUGGCAAAAGUUAAAUGUACCAUUCUUCGUUAAAUAUUGUGGAGCAGUUGAAAGUUAGACAUGGGUCACAUCUUAAGUAUUCAACAGUGGAAUUAUUCUUUCAUUAGGUCUUAUCAAACUUGUGUCCAAGCAUCGAGCCCAGGUUAUCUACACAAGAAAUACUAAAGGAGGAGAUGCACCCGCAGCGCCUGAAGAAGCAUAAGCAGGUGUGUUCAGGUUGAAGUGGGCAAUUGGAUAGGAUAUAUAGAUGUGUAAGCAAAACAAAAUUAUUUAUGCUGUAUGCCUUCCAGUAAGAUCAUCCAAAAUUCUACCAUCUUAAUGUGUGUAAUCAAAUUCCUAUAUGCAUUGCUGGAAUCAUGUGACACUUCUAUGUAUGUAGAAAAAAUUGACGCAUGAAUGGUACUCACUAAACCGGGUUGGGGCAAGGUCAGUCAGAGUUGCAGAGUUUUCCCCACUCUGUCCGUAUCAAAGCAAUAAGUAUAAAGAUCCUUCGUUCGUGAAAUCCCAAAACAGCAGUUCAUUUGGAACCUACAAGCAACAUUUUAGCCCAAACACAGGCUUUUCUCAAGCCUCAGAUAUAUCAAUAAAAAAUACUCUUUUGGGAUUUUGAGUGCAGGAACGUUUUGUAUUGAUGUGAAAUGAAAAUGGCAUGAGGUACCAGAGUAUGAAGUUAAUACACAUUUCAGGAAAACUUAAUUUCUGUAGUGCUCUGGAACACUGUAGUUGAGUGCAUGUUUCAGUCGUUUGGUAUUACUGUUAAUAAACAUAUCUUGCUCAAUUCUAGAAAAUAUAUUUGAAAGAACAGUUGCAUGAAACUUCCUGUCUGUGCCUUUUCAUAAUUGAGUUGUAAUGUUUUGGUGUCAAUUGCAAUGUAUUAAAGAAACUACUUCCAUGUGUUUGGUUCAGUAGUAAUUUUUAUGUGAAAUUUGAUUUUUCUCCAGGCAUUUAAAGGGAUUCUGUAGUGUUAGGAAUACAGAUCUGUAUACCAAACACUAGUGCCCUCUGGACCCACCACCCAGCAGAUAAAGGGUUAAUAAAAACACUUUACUGACUCACCCAAUUUCAGCGCCAAUAUCUCUCGGCACUGGGUCAGCGCUCAAACUCCAGUCAUCCAGCGAGGGGGCCUAAUGUGCAUUUGCUGCUAUCGCAUUAGGCCCUCCCUAUAGGAGAGCAUUGACUCAAUGCUUUCCUAUGGGGGUUUCAUUGACUCUGCCCACAUGCAGUGCAUGCAGCAUCGCUUAAGGAACUCUAAGUUCCUUAGCAUCCCAGAAGCGUCUCUAGUGGCUGUCUGAUCGUCAGCCACUGGCGCAACAGGCAAAAAGUGGGACAGAGACACUGCACCUAGAUCACGUCAAUGAGACUUCUUGGACUUGUAGUUUAGCAUGUGGCUUUCUAUGUUAAGCUAUUUAACUUAAACUCCCAGAGACAUGUGCUAUACCUAUAAAGCAUGUCUUAUGAGAAUUAUGAUAAAGAUGAACUUCCUAGUCUGCUCUGAUUAGAGGUGUAAGUAUUGGGAAAAGCAGAAACCUUUUUGUUUUUAUGUAGUUUUUAUUUGAUGAUUGUGGUUAUUUUGGUGUAUUGCCCUGUCUACUACUGUUCAUUAUUGAGAUAUAUAGGUAUAUAUGCCAAUUUUUAACUUUUUUUUUUUUUUUUGCAGGACUUGCCAGAUAUAUGUACAAAUAAACUGUUCUAAAAUAAAUCCAUUGUGGAGUUUUUCUUGGGGCCAAAUUAUGGAUGUUUGAUAUUUGCCAAAAAGAUUGGCUGUGUACACACCUGAUAUUGCUAGAAAAUG